CCAUUCCAUGGUCACACGUGCCGAUUAUAACACAAGGCCGAAGGAAAACAGUCAUGCCUGGAAUUCUGUUGGGAGACGUGUUACCUAACUUUGAAGCAGAGACUACAAUCGGCAAGAUCAAAUUUCAUGAAUUCUUGGGAAAUUCAUGGGGUAUCUUGUUCUCACACCCACGUGACUUCACUCCAGUAUGCACGACUGAGCUAGCCCGUGCUGCGAAGCUUCACGAUGAGUUUAAGAAACGUGACGUGAAGAUGAUUGCACUGUCCAUUGACAGCGUGGAGGACCACCGCAAAUGGAGUGAGGACAUCAUGUCGUUUAAACAAGACAAAACCUGCUGUCCCGUGCCUUUCCCCAUCAUAGCAGAUGACAAGAGGGAGUUGUCGGUCUUACUGGGGAUGCUGGACCCUGAUGAGAGGGAUAAAGAUGGGAUGCCCCUCACUGCCCGCUGUGUGUUUGUCGUUGGCCCAGAUAAGAGGCUGAAGCUGUCCAUUCUCUAUCCAGCCACUACAGGGCGCAAUUUCGAUGAGAUUCUCCGUGUCAUAGACUCUCUGCAGCUGACUGCAACAAAGAAGGUGGCCACACCUGUUGACUGGAAGCCUCUGGUCAAGAAGUCAUGGUCAUCCCUUCUUUGUCGGAUGAAGAAGCCAACAAACUUUUCCCAGCAGGUUUUACCCUCAAAGAGGUGCCUUCUGGGAAAAAAUACGUACGCUACACUAAACCGUAACUGAUAUAUUGGGGCAAUACUGUAGAAAUGGCAUUUAACUAACAUCAUAUUUAAGUCCAACUGAUGUGGUGCAUUCUGACUUUGAUUACAUGACCCAUCACCUGCUACUAUCCAGAGAGAGAAAUCAUCAGAAUUUAGCAUCUUAAGGUUAUUACAUACAAUCGAAUUAUUGUAUUGUGCCUUAAUCUCAAUAAAACUCUGGUCCUUUUGUAAUUUAAAAA